AUGAUGCCAUCCACAGCUUCCAGGAUACGCUCUGCAGCCCCCCUAGAAUCCAGGCUCUGUGUUGGGGCUGACCGCCAUGCUGAGCACCCAGCUCUGGUUUCAAUGAUCUUUGCCAUUGUGCUAGUGACUUGUCUGGAAGCUGCUAAACUCACGGUGGGACUCCUCGCCCCCUGGAACAUCUCUCAUCCAUUUAGUGUGCAAAGGCUGGGGGCAGGCCUCCAGAUUGCUGUGACCAAGCUCAACUCAGAGCCAGUGGGCCUGGGGAACUUGAGCUGGGCAUUCAGUUACACCAACUCAGCAUGCAGUGCCAAGGAGUCCCUUGCAGUUUUCACCGACCAGGUUCAGAGAGAGCACAUUUCUGCUCUGUUUGGACCAGCAUGCCCAGAAGCAGCAGAGAUCAUUGCUUCACUGGCCUCUGAGUGGAACAUCCCCUUGUUCGACUUCAUUGGACAAACAGCAGCCCUGGAGGACCACUUCUGGUGUGACACCUGCGUGACGUUAGUGCCACCCAAGCAUGGAAUCGGAGACGCGCUUCUGGAAAGCCUGCGAUACUUGGGCUGGGAACAUGUCGGGGUGUUUGCAUAUUCCUCUGCAGCCUUCCCCCAGGAAGAAGUGGAUGAGAUGUGGGGGGCCAUUGAGGACAGACUCCGGUUCCAUUUCACUAUCACUGCCAGCAUGAGAUAUGGCAACAGCAGCCCAGCCCUUCUGCAGGAAGGCCUCAGGAGCAUGUCAUCCAUGGCCAGGGUUAUCAUCCUAAUCUGCAGCUCAGAGGAUGCAAAAAGCAUCCUGAAGACAGCAGAGAACCUGGAACUCAACACGGGAGAAUUUGUUUUCAUCCUUUUGCAGCAGCUGGAGGACAUGUUUUGGAAGAAAGCACUGACAAGUGACAAGGUCAUACGCUUUCCCAAAGUCUAUGAAUCCGUGUUGGUCAUAGCACCCAGCUCCCAAGGAGAAGGCACUGCAGAUGAUAGCUUCCAGAAACAAGUCUACCAAAGGCUGAGGAUGCCACCCUUUCACAGCUCCAUCUCCUCAGAGGAGCAGGUGAGCCCUUACUCUGCCUACCUCCAUGAUGCCCUCUUACUCUACGCUCAGACUGUGGAGGAGAUGAUAAAGGCUGAGAAGGACUUCUGGGAUGGGCGGCAGCUGGUUAGCAUUCUGAGAGCCGGUCAGAUCACACUGCAGGGGAUCACUGGUUCCGUGCUUUUGGACUCACAGGGAGAAAGGUGCAUGGAUUACUGGGUCUAUGCUCUGCAGAAAUCUGGAAGCAGAUCCCUCUUUCUUCCUUUUCUUCAUUAUGACAGUUUCCAGAAAGUAAUCAGGCCCUGGAUGAAUGUCUCUAAUAUCUCGUGGCCCCAUGGCUCCCUUCCUGAAUACAAACCUGGCUGUAGAUUUCACAACAAGCUCUGUAAAAUGGAGCCUCCGACUGUGGCAGGUAUGACUGUGACGGCUGUGAUUCCCACAGUGACACUCCUGGUUUUAGCUUCAGUAGCUGCCAUCGUGGGUCUGGUAUUACAGAUACUGAGAGGAAAGGCGCAAAGCCCUCAUGGAGACACCUGGUGGCAGAUCCCUUAUGAAAGCAUCGCUCUUCUCCCCCAGCACAAGCCAUCCCAGCGAGGCAUACCUGUGUCAAGGUGCAUCCUUAGUGAUGCAUCUCCUGGGAAGAUUUCUGCAGACUGUAGCUCCUUUGUCAAGAGCCAACAGGGUGAAGAGCUGUUUUACACCCGUGUGGGCCUUUACCAGGGAAGUCACGUGGCCCUCUGCUACAUUGGUGAAGCGGCAGAAGCAUGGGUGACGAGGCCAACUGUUCUGCAGGAAGUCUGGCUGAUGUGUGAAUUAAAGCAUGAAAACAUCGUCCCCUUCUUUGGCGUUUGCACAGAACCACCUAACAUCUGCAUUCUCACACAGUAUUGCAAAAAAGGAAGUCUCAAGGACGUCUUGGGAAACUACGAUCAUGAGAUGGAUUGGAUAUUCAAGAUCUCAUUUGCAUAUGACAUCGUCAAUGGCAUGCUGUUCCUCCAAGGGAGCCCACUGAGGUCUCAUGGCAACUUGAAACCUUCCAACUGCCUGGUAGAUGGCUGGAUGCAGGUGAAGCUGUCAGGAUUUGGGUUGUGGGAGUUCAAGCAUGGCAGCACGCACAGGAUCUACAACCAGGAGGCCACCAACCACUCAGAGCUCUACUGGACAGCCCCAGAGCUGUUGCGGCUUCCGGAGCUUCCCUGGUCUGGCACCCCACAGGGAGACAUUUACAGCUUUGCCAUUCUCAUGAGGGACUUGAUCCACCAGCAGGCCCAUGGGCCUUUUGAUGACCUUGAGGAGGCUCCAGAGGAGAUCAUCAGCCGCAUCCAAGAUCCCCGGGCACCCGUUCCAUUUCGCCCGUCCCUGUCAGAGGAUAAAGGUGAUGCACGCAUCGUAGCCUUGGUGAGGGCGUGUUGGGAUGAGUCUCCAGAGCAAAGGCCCACCUUUCCUUCCAUCAAGAAGAUGUUACGAGAAGCCAGUCCCAGAGGCCAGGUGAGCAUCUUGGAUAGCAUGAUGGACAAGCUGGAAAUGUAUGCCAGUCACCUGGAGGAGGUGGUGGAAGAGCGAACCUGCCAGCUGGUGGCAGAGAAAAAAAAAGUGGAGAAACUCCUGUCUGCCAUGUUGCCAAGCUUCGUUGGAGAACAGCUCAUAGCCGGGAAGUCUGUGGAACCAGAACAUUUUGAGUCUGUCACUAUAUUUUUCUCUGACAUUGUGGGAUUCACAAAGCUGUGCUCUCUCAGCUCCCCCUUGCAAGUGGUGAAACUCCUCAAUGACCUGUACAGUUUGUUCGACCACACGAUACAAAACCAUGAUGUGUACAAGGUUGAAACCAUUGGGGAUGCAUACAUGGUGGCCAGUGGGCUCCCCACCCGCAACGGAACCCAGCAUGCAGCUGAAAUUGCCACCGUGGCCUUGCAUUUACUCAGCGCCACCACCCACUUCCACAUUGGGCACAUGCCUGAGGAGAGACUCAAGCUCCGGAUAGGCCUCCAUACAGGUCCUGUGGUUGCUGGCGUGGUGGGCAUCACCAUGCCCAGGUACUGUCUUUUUGGAGACACUGUGAACAUGGCCUCCAGAAUGGAAAGCAGCAGUUUACCUCUCCGGAUUCACGUUUCUCAGAGCACCGCAGAAGCUCUUGUGGCAGCAGGAGGGUACCACCUGCAAAAGCGAGGCACCAUUUCAGUCAAGGGCAAGGGAGAACAGACCACCUUCUGGCUGAAGGGCAAAGCCGGCUUCACUGUCCCGCUCCCCGAGUUUACCGAGGAAGAAGCUAAAGUUCCAGAGAGCUCCUGA